CGUGAGAGACCCCUUCUCGUAAGGACAGUAAUGCAGUUGUGCAGUAGAGAAGAAAGUCCACCCCCAUUAAAAACAUUUUAAGCAAUAACAUCAUGCUGCAGACUGUAAAUCUUGGAGUUAUGAACCUAGUGAUUUUAAUGCUAACUACAAUGCCUGUUCCUCGAGAGGUGGCUCAAAAUAACUUAGGGCUGCAAUCAUGGUAGUGGAUGUCAAAGAAACAUUUUGUUUUCUCGAUUUAUCAGGAUCUAUUUUAGAACAAAUCAUUCAACUUUGAGCAAAAAUAGCAUAUAUACCAUAAAUAGAGACCGUCGUAUAGCGUGCUGCAGAAGGCAAUGUCAAGGUGUAUUCGAUAUGCAAAGCAUCGGUCAUGUAGGUCUUGAAGUUUCGCUGAAGAGCGAAGGAUUUUUGUCAAAAUUAUCAGUCAUUUUCAGUACAUCUGCAUCUUGACUUAGUUAAUAAGGAGUCCGUGUUCAUUCUGAUUACGAGACAUAUGUGCGAGGCUGGCACAUGUUCAAAUCACGUCCAAUUCUCCUGCUGAUGGUAACUAAACCUCAAUGGCUACGAUUUGAUUCUGCAACCUGGCUUAGAUUUCUCGAAUUUCGGAAAGGCCUCGGCAGAUUUGAUGAUCGAAUCAACGAGAAUGUUAUAAAUUGCUUAACAUUCGAAUCACACUAUGGAUAAAGGUGCAAGACUAUCUUAAAUGUCUGAACAUAUCAAGCCCGCGACUAAUGUCCUGCGGAAAAACAUGUAGUAUUUAGUAUUUAACGCGGCUUUAAUUGCGAACAUCAGCAGAAAUGAUGACGACAAUUGGCCUAUUUAACCUUGGCACGGAAGUUGGAAGUAGUUCUGUCUCGUCGUUCUAUCUCGUCGGGGCCAUCUACAAUUCUAUUGUGGGCUACAUCAUCCCUGUGAUUCUUCUUAUUGGUAUCAUGGGGAAUACCCUCUCCCUUGUAAUCUUCAUCAGGACCAGGAAACGCGCCGAUGCAGCAGUCCAGUACCUCAGCACCCUUGCAAUCUCCGACACAGGGUUUAUCACUACACUUGGAGCUGCAUAUUGGUUGAAAGACGGUCUUGCGUACGUCACAGAUGGCGCCAUUUCCUUCGAUUUGUUAACAUACUCAACUGCAACAUGCAAACUGAUAGGCUUUGCACGGCACGCGUUGGAAUUUGCGUCCGCAUGGGCCAUUGUUGCUUUCACCCUGGAAAGGGUUUACAUCGUGUGGUACCCUUUAAGGCGGGCAGACAUUACAGCAAGAAAGCGAACUGUUAUAAUAAUCGCAAUUUGGGUCAUGUCUGCCUGUCUGAGUAUCCAUCGAUUGGUUCUAAAUCACAUUGAGACAAAUCUCUCGGCAUCAAGCUGCUAUUACAACACACCAACGGCUGUGACUUUUAUAAUCCUUAUUUUUGACAUAAUUGUUUUUAGCUAUCUUCCUUGUUUAUUCAUACUCAUUGCCAACAUUCUUAUUCUCUUUGGGAUUCGAAAAGCGAAGGCAAAGAUGAUGUCACAAGUCCUAACCUCGAAAAACGAACACCAGGAUGGGCGUUUGGUUAUAUCUUUGUUGUUAGUCUCGACGCUUUACAUAGUGUUUAUGACGCCCGUCAACGUGUGCGCUACGCACUACUUUUACUACCUUAAGUCAACAAGAAUUUUAGAUGCAAGCUAUCGUGAAAUGCUCUUCUACAUUCUAACCUUUCUUGAUCAGUACAGUUUGCUUAAUUAUUGUUCCAAUUUUAUUAUUUACGGCUGCACUUUACCAUUCUACCGGAAGGAAGUAUACAGUAUUUUGUCACUUGGCAUGCGUGCUGUUGGUUAUCAUGGUAGCGAUGUGUCGAUGCAACGGGGUACCCGUCAUGCGUAAUGGGGUCGUACUGUAUAUAAAGCUUGGCUAGUAGGCGAACUAUCCUGCGGUUCAGAGGCAGAAUCGAUUCAUUGAUAUUCAGAGUCAUUGACGUUAUUCUGAAAUUGGUCGGUAUACAAAUUGGGUUACUUGAGCAUGGUUUAGCAUGAGUUUAUUUACAGUCGGCUUCCAUAUUAGACUAGGCUAUGGGGCCUGGUUAUCUUUCAUGUCAGUAUGCAGAUUACAAGAAUUGUUGGCCCAGUGAUUAAUCCACAUUAACAGUACCGGUUGGCGAUUAAAGGCUCCAACAAAUCGAACCAACAGUCGAUCACAACGCCAGUACAAUCCGAUACAUUUUCAUCAUACCUCCCCACUGCAUGGACCUGUGCACGAUACUAGCUAGCACCUGCGUAGAAGUAAAGAUAAAACCGGCAGCUUCAAACAUGCACAUCUUACGCCAUGUCUUAUUCAGGUGUCAAGGCACUACAUACCCAUGGCAGCUCACAGUAUGUAAGUUGGAGGAAACAAAGAUUAUUAACUGUACACCAGUAAACAUCAUUGAAAUAGCGAUGUGCCAGUGCUCAAGAUCGGUAUAAUCAACGUUGUCGCUUGAGGAAAUCCGAAUGGCUCCAACAAACCACUCGUCACGGACACAAUCUCAAUUGACGUAUUGUGCAAUUAAUGCACACUUCUUGAAAUUCGGUGGGAAAGCUGUCGCGGUCAUACGAUGAUGUUGUUCAAAGGAUGACCAUGUCUCUGCCAUGUUGUUUCGGGAAAUCUUUUGCCUCAUUUAUUGCGAAUGUUUUUAUGAACAUUUUAUUUUUGUUUACAUUGCAAGUAGGUGUUAACAUCCACUUGCACCAGUGACUGAGCCGUAGAUAUCGUCUUUGUAAGGCAGUGGGAGCCUUCCCGUUAGUCGAACUGCACAAAAGAAUAACACCGCAUCAUCGCCAGGUUUAGCAGGCUGAUUUUGUCUUGCGCAGUUUCUCCGGGGCGAAAUGGGAGAUGAAAACUGUACAGUUACUCUGAAGUUACGUCUCUGAGGCCUGAGUGUACACAGCAGAACCCGGAGCCAAACCGUGACAGCUUUGUUAGGUUUACCAAGAUCGUUUCCACUGAUUUGGAGAAUGAUCGAAUACUGAAAAAAGAACGACUUGAGCUCGUGAAACAUCUAGGAAGAGCAACCAUGCUAUGCUGAGGAAGUUACUGUCAAGCUUCGAUGCAUCUGACUGUUUCGCUGGUCUUCUCUGAUUUUUUACUCUGCAAGAGUAAACAACACCACCAGUGUACAGUGGCCUGGGUUUCGCGUAACGAAGAUGAAAUACGACCGUACUGUCCAAGCAUGCAUGUUCGCCUCCCCCAGUCACUUUCAGUUGUUUCGUAAUAAGAAAAUGAGAAAGAACAAAAAAACUGAAAUUUUGUUCUGAAAAAGUAGCGACAAAACUCGCCAUCAAUGCAUGGGAACCAUCGAUAUGGGAGAGUUUUCGCUUUGCGGGUAUCCAAAUACGAUGGCUCAGGCGUCACGGCAGUUGGCCCUUGGUGAAUAAACGAUUGCCAGCAGAGCCAAACGUUUACAGACUGUCAGUAUACUUUCGACAUGAUGUAGGCCUGUGACUCUUACGUUCUACCAUCACGGAUGCACGACAGUAAACUUUCCUGGGACGAACUAUCAAAUUCACUCUCGGCUAGACUGUGAAUAAAUUUAUUACACAUAAAGCAUGUGGGAACGAUGGUGAUCUAUAAUGACAUUAUAGAAAGUUCCUGAGAAGAGGGAAUGCAUUUCCAGGUCGAAAUCCAGACAAGAUUCACGUACUUGUUGAGUCUUUCCUAGAAUCUUGUAAGAUUCGUAGUUAAUCUUUAUAUAACCUGACUUUAUUAUCGACGAUUUAGGCCUUCGGCACCUAAAAACAAUACAAACUGAUACAGCAUAUGUGCAAUAUAAGAAUCCUACAAGUACCUUGUUACAAAUGUACGUGCACAUGUUCACGAAACUGAAUUAUAUCUUAACUAAGACUCUUACCACGUAACAAUCUGAAAGGGAUUUUCAAACUAAGUGGUAAGCUUCUUGGUCAGCGACAGGUAGGGCUGCGUCAUAUAAUGUAUUGCUCAAUGCAUACCAGACCUGAGAAAACUGGCCGCUCACGGGUCUUGAACUCCGGACGAGAGGGGUACGGAUAAAGAUAGAAAAAGGUCACGAUAACAAUCGCCAUAUAUAUUCAUUCGCAACGUUUGCAACAGCCUCAUAUGACUAUCCAAGUAUUGGUCGGCAAUAUUGGUUACCAGAUUUACCGACUCAUUACUCUGAGGUCAUAACAAAAACAUGGCUGAGUCCUCCUACGGCAACCAUUCAACGCAAGCGCAAUGACAGCAUACUAUAAACUUCCUUCCGGUAGAAAGGUAAAGUGCAGCCAUAAACGAUGAAAUUAGUGCAAUAGUUCAAUAAACUGAACUGAUCGAAAAAUAUCAGGACGUAAUAGAGAAGUUCAUAAUGGUUGGCAUCUAUGAUUUCGGUAGUUUUUAAAUAGUAGAAGUAGUAAGUGCCGGACACGGAGACGGGGGUCAUGAAGACUAUGUAGAGUGUGGAGACCAAUAGCAAAGAUAUAAUCAAGCGUCUGUCUUGGUUGUUCUUCCUCGAACUCACAACUUUUGAACGCAUCGUUGCCAUCUUUGCCCGUCGUAUUCCGAAGAGGAUGAGAAUAUUUGCAAUAAAUAAACAGCAACACGGGACAUAGUUAUAGACGGUGAUGUCGUACAUGAGUAUUGAAAACGUGAUCGCAAUCGGAGUUAUGUAUGAACAAUGCGAGAUCGAAGCCUCUGUGUAAACACUAUAAAAAUACACUCGAUGGAUACUAAAACAAACAGACAAGAUCCAAAUAGCGAUUAUGGUAACUGCUCGCUUUCUUGCGGUUAUAUCCGCUCGUUUUAAAGGACACCACACAAUGUAAAGUCGUUCCAGAGUGAAAGCAACUAUUGCCCACGCUGAUGAAAUUUCCCAAAUAUGUCUCAAACAUCCCAAUAUUUUGCACGAACCAGUCGAAUAUGUAAGUAUAUUGAAUGAGUAGGCACCAUUUGUGACGUAGGCAAGGCCAUAUGAGACCCAGUAAGAUAUUGCUAUGGCGAUAACAUUCCCUGUGUCGGAGAUUGCAAGGGUACAGAGGUACUGGACUGCUGCAUCGGCGCGUUUUCUGGUCCUGAUGAAGAUUACCAGGGAGAGAGUGUUCCCCAUGAUCCCUAUGAGCAGAACCCCGGGGAAGACGUAGCCCUGAAUAAACUGGUAGAUCUCCACCACGAGAGCUGACGACGUGAGGUCACUUCCCGAAACACUCAUGUCAAGUUUAGCUACUGACGUCGUCAUUGCUUUAGUGGCAUUUCCAAUGUAGACUAUCAUGACUACUGAUGUGCCUGUCCGGACUGUUGGCAGGGUAGAAUUCCUCCAAGACGACACUUUGUUUAUUGGAAGCCCACAGCCCGAUUCGUGACAUCCAAUGACUGAUAAAAUGACUAUUCUGUCGUUGAGCGCAGUUUCGGAGCAGUUUCGUCUGGUUCCAGAGUCACUAAGUGCUGGUGAUCGUUACUUUGAUUGCGAAGAUCGAGCACCUGCACCCAAAUAAUAUAGAGCCUACUUUCCGACCAUUCUCCGACCGUGCUUGCUUCAGCUCUCCAUACUCACUAUAUCUUGUAGCACGGCCAAUGGUGAUGGCAUAUUAUCUAUCCCAGCUUAGGCGUGAUGAUCAACUCACUC